AGUGGAUUGCAAGGUUAAAGGUUAUAGAUAUCCUGAGAAAUCUUACAAGUGCAGAAGCUGAUGUUUUUAGAAAUAUGGACAUAACAGUUAUAAAAGAAAACAUGGAAGCUGUUAAAUCGGCAGCCGAUAGUGGAAAUGAGGAUCAUCAAUUGAAUUGUUAUGGAAUUAGAUUUCCAGAAAACUGUGACUCAUACUAUGGACCACACACUGUAGAAUGCCUUACAACUAUGUGGGAAUCAAAAGGUUGUUUGGGUGAAGGAACUAAAGCUCCAGUUAAAUUGGAUACCGCUGAAAAAGAUACUAUAAAUAUAAUGAAUGCUGAUGAAGUUUUGAAUAAAUUUGACUCCAUUCGAACAGAAGCUGAUAGUGGUAACAAAGAUAAAGGAUUGGAAUGUUACGGAAUUGUUUUUCCUGGGAAUUGUAAUUCUUUUAAUGGACCUCACUCUAUUGAUUGUCUUAUCACAAUCUGGGAAGAAGUUGGUUGCAAGAUAAAAGGUCUUAGAUAUCCUGGCGAUCUUUCAAGUGAAGAUUUAAACUCUUUAAAAAAUAUAGAUCUAAGAGAUGUAAAAGCAAACAUGGAAAGUGUGAAGUCAGCAGCUGAUAGUGGAAACGUUGAUGAUCAAUUAAAUUGUUAUGGCUUAGGUAAGUGUUUUAUGAUUAUAGUUUAA